AUGAAGACGGUGCUAAUGGUAGCAGAAAAGCCUUCACUGGCUCAGUCUAUUUCUAAAAUUCUUUCUAAAGGGUCUGCCAGCACACGGAAAGGAUUUAAUGGCGCCUGCUCUGUACACGAGUACACGGGUUCAUUCCUAGGACAGACCGUGCGUUUCAAAAUGACAUCAGUCUGUGGUCAUGUAAUGAGCUUGGAUUUUAUAGGGAAAUAUAACAACUGGGAUAAAGUAGACCCAGCAGAGCUGUUCAGUAAAGCACCUACAGAGAAGAAGGAAGCCAACCCCAAGCUCAGCAUGGUGAAGUUCUUGCAGGUUGAAGGACGUGGCUGUGACUAUGUAGUCUUGUGGCUGGACUGUGAUAAAGAAGGAGAAAAUAUCUGUUUUGAGGUCUUAGAUGCUGUGCUGCCAGGGAUGAAUAAAGCACAUGGUGGGGAGCGAACAAUUUAUCGUGCCAAGUUUAGCUCCAUCACAGAUACAGAUAUCAUGAAUGCCAUGAACAGACUGGGGGAGCCCAAUAAGAAUGAAGCUCUUUCUGUAGAUGCCAGACAGGAGCUUGACCUACGAAUUGGCUGUGCAUUCACCAGGUUCCAGACUAAGUAUUUUCAAGGGAAAUAUGGUAACCUGGAUAGCUCUUUAAUAUCAUUUGGUCCCUGCCAGACCCCCACAUUGGGAUUUUGUGUGGAGAGACAUGACAAGAUUCAGUCGUUCAAACCUGAGACUUACUGGGUUCUUCAAGUCAAGGUGAGCCGUGGCCAAGAACAUCCUCUUACACUGGACUGGGAUCGAGUGCGGGUCUUCGACAGAGAGAUUGCUCAGUUGUUCCUAAAUAUCACAAAGACAAGCAGGGAAGCUAAGGUGGAAUCAGUCAGUAAGAAAGAGAAGGCUAAGCAGAGACCGCAGGCAUUAAACACUGUGGAAAUGUUGCGUGUGGCAAGUUCUGCAUUGGGAAUGGGCCCACAGCAUACUAUGCAGAUUGCAGAGCGAUUGUACACACAGGGUUAUAUCAGCUAUCCCCGAACAGAAACCACACAUUAUCCAGAGAACUUUGACCUAAAAGGAACACUGAAACAGCAGUCCAGCAAUCCUUUUUGGGGUGAUACGGUUAAAGCUUUAUUGACCGAUGGUAUAAAUCGUCCAAGGAAAGGAACUGAUGCCGGAGAUCACCCACCCAUUACGCCCAUGCGUUCAGCAACAGAGGCAGAACUUGGUGGUGAUGCUUGGCGGCUGUAUGAAUAUAUAACACGACAUUUCAUUGCUACCAUUAGUAACGACUGCAAAUACCUUCAAACAGUGAUUGUUUUUAGCGUUGGACGUGAGCAGUUCUCAACCACCUGCAAAGAGGUGAUCUCUCUAGGAUACACAGAGAUCAUGCCAUGGCAAGGCAUCCCCCUGGAGGAAAGUUUUCAGUCCUGUGAAAGAGGUGAAAAGUUUAGUGUAGAAGAGGUGAAGUUGGUGGAGAAACAAACAUGUCCUCCAGAUUACUUAACAGAGGCAGAGCUCAUCUCCCUGAUGGAAAAGCAUGGUAUUGGUACGGAUGCCAGUAUACCUGUGCACAUUAAUAAUGUCUGCCAACGAAACUAUGUAACAGUGGAGAGUGGACGCAGACUAAAGCCUACCAGUUUGGGUAUUGUGUUGGUACAUGGCUACUAUAAGAUAGACCCAGAGCUGGUUUUACCAACUAUCCGGAGUGCAGUAGAGAAACAGCUAAAUCUAAUCGCACUGGGAAAAGUUAAUUACCAUUUGGUCUUGGAGCACACUUUGGACAUCUUCAAGAGGAAGUUUCAUUAUUUUGUGGACUCCAUAGCAGGAAUGGAUGAGCUGAUGGAAGUAUCCUUCUCACCUCUGGCUGCCACUGGCAAACCACUGUCUCGCUGUGGUAAAUGUCAUCGCUUCAUGAAAUAUAUCCAGGCUAAGCCCAGUCGUCUGCAUUGCUCGCAUUGUGAUGAGACCUACAGCCUUCCUCAGAAUGGGACUAUAAAACUUUACAAAGAGUUGCGGUGUCCUCUAGAUGACUUUGAGCUUGUGUUGUGGUCUUCAGGUUCACGAGGGAAGAGUUACCCACUGUGCCCUUACUGUUACAAUCAUACUCCUUUCAGGGACAUGAAAAAAGGAAUGGGGUGCAAUGAGUGCACCCACCCUACCUGCCAGCAUUCCCUAAGUAUGCUUGGCAUUGCUCAGUGUGUGGAAUGUGAGAAUGGAGUGAUGGUCUUAGACCCCACGUCUGGUCCUAAAUGGAAGAUGUCCUGUAAUAAAUGUAAUGUCAUGGUCCACUUCUUUGAGAAUGCUCAUCGAGUCCGGGUUUCUGCAGAUACUUGUGAGGUGUGCGAUGCUGCCCUUGUCCAUGUAGACUUUAACAAGGCUAAGAGUCCAUUGCCUGGAGAUCAGACACAACAUACUGGCUGUGUGUUUUGUGACACAGUCUUCCAAGACUUGGUUGAACUCAAACAUGCCACUAUGAGACACCCAAUGCACAGAGGGGGACAAGGAAGAAAACAGGGAAGAGGGAGAGGUAGAGGCCGACGAGGCAAUCCUAAAAAACCCAAGGACAAAAUGGCUGCUUUAGCAGCAUACUUUGUAUAA